UCCCCUUGCGAUCGGUCUCCCCCGACGUUUCCGGGUCGCGUCCGACGCGAGUCCGAUGGAGCCGCCCGCGGAAGGCGAGCAGCAGCCGCCGCAGCAGCAGCCCUGGGGGCGGCUCCUCCGCCUGGGCGCCGAGGAGGGCGAGCCGCAGGUUCUCCUGAGGAAGCCGGAGUGCACCAUCGGGCGGAGGAGAGGUUGUGACCUUUCAUUCCCUAGCAAUAAACUGGUGUCUGGAGAUCACUGUAAAAUCAUAGUGGAUGAAAAAUCCGGUCAGGUAUCCCUGGAAGAUACCAGCACCAAUGGAACAGUAAUUAACAAGCUGAAGCUAGUUAAGAAGCAGACUUGUCCUCUAGAGACCGGGGACGUCAUCUAUGUGGUGUACAGGAGGAAUGAGCCGGAGCACAAUGUGGCAUACCUCUACGAAUCCUUACGUGAGAAGCAGAGCAUGACACCGGACCCCUUUGAAGCGAAUAAAGAAAACGUGUUCCACGUGACCAAAGAUACCUCAGGUGCAGGGCGGAGUGACGAUCCCCAGGUCCUGCCGCCGGCGCCCACUUCUCAGGCAUGCUUUGAGGAACCACAGCCAUCAACGUCGACGUCGGACCUCUUCCCCUCGGCCUCUACCUCUUCCGUGGAGCCCAGUGCAGGGCAGGCACCGUCCCCUGGCUCCGUCCCCAGAGGGGCCUGCGUCUCCCCUCAAGGGUGUGGUCCGCCGUCGGCCAGCGGUGAACUCUCCAGCGUCCCUUCAGCUGUCCCGGACAGGGAGGGGGCACCCUUUCCUCCAUCAGAACCACAGGACCAAGAGGAGUCAGAGCCAGCUAAGAAGAGGAGAAGAGGAGACGGGGAGCCCGACCUGCACCUGCAUCUGCUGAUCACAGACCAGUGCGGUGACAACCAGACGGCCCUGGGGGGUGGCAGAGCCAUGGCCGUGAAGCCGGACAAGAUGGAGGAGACACUGACCUGCGUCAUCUGCCAGGACCUGCUGCACGACUGUGUGAGCCUGCAGCCCUGCAUGCACACCUUCUGCGCGGCCUGCUACUCGGGCUGGAUGGAGCGCUCCACGCUGUGCCCCACGUGCCGCUGUCCAGUAGAGCGGAUCUGCAAGAACCACAUCCUCAACAACCUGGUGGAGGCGUACCUGCUCCAGCACCCAGACAAGAGUCGCAGCGAGGAUGAUGUGCGGAGCAUGGCCGCCAGGAACAAGAUCACUCAGGACAUGCUGCAGCCCAAGGUCAGGAGGUCUUUCUCUGACGAGGACGGCAGUUCAGAGGACCUGCUGGAGCUGUCGGACGUGGACAGCGAGUCCUCGGAUGUUAGCCAGCCAUAUGUUGUGUGCAGACAGUGUCCCGACUACCGAAGACAGGCGGGGCAGCCCCUUCCCGGUGAGCAAGGGCCGCCACAGGCCUCUGGGGACACACCGUCGACAUCCGUGAGUGUCACAACAGCCCAGGAUUACGUGUGCGCCCUGCAGGGAAGCCACGCCGUGUGCACCUGCUGCUUCCAGCCCAUGCCCGACCGCAGGGCAGAGCGCGAGCAGGACCCCCGCAUCGCCCCUCAGCAGUGUGCUGUUUGCCUGCAGCCUUUCUGCCACCUGUACUGGGGCUGCGCCCGGACCGGCUGCCUUGGCUGCCUGGCCCCCUUCUGUGAGCUGAACCUGGGUGACAGGUGUCUGGACGGGGUGCUGAGCAACAACCACUACGAGUCCGACAUCCUGAAGAAUUACCUGGCAACCAGGGGUUUGACGUGGAAAAACGUGUUGACCGAAAGCCUCAUGGCUCUGCAGAGGGGCGUGUUCCUGCUCUCUGAUCCCAGAAUCACGGGGAACACCGUGCUCUGUUACUGCUGCGGCCUGCGAAGCUUCCGAGAGCUGGCCUACCAGUAUCGGCAGAACAUUCCUGCCUCCGAGCUGCCAGCGGCUGUUACAUCCCGUCCGGACUGUUACUGGGGCCGCAACUGCCGCACGCAGGUGAAGGCGCACCACGCCAUGGUCCUCACAGUGACAUCCACAUUGCCACUGAUGUCGUCCGUAGCAGUGAGCUCGCCUCUGCGUUUACACCCUAGGUGAGGAAAUUCAAUCAUAUCUGUGAACAGACGAGGUUCAAGAACUAAGUAUCUGAAGAAGCACCAAGAUGGCUUGGGGGUCCAGAGGUCAAUGACAGUGUGUUUCAGGAAAUACCGAAUACUAACAUUUUGAGGGCAUUUUACAGUCCCCCUGAGGACACUGGGGAUCCCUGCGUCCAGCACUCGGGUGUGACUUUCCCUUUUGUGGAGCAAGACCCUCAUGGUGAGGCCCGCAGCAGCCCGGCAGGCCGCACAAUCGAGUCUGAGCUCAGGGCUGCCCGAGGCGCUUCGACAAGAAGAACAGCCGUCAGCUGUCCCCUCCCACUGAGAUGGUGACAAGCAGGUUUGCUCUAUGUCCCUUUCCCACAGCUGUGGUCAAAACGGACAUCUCCCUCCAAGAAAAGUUUGUCGGAAACGUUUAAGGGAAAGGAGCGAGCGUUUACAGCCUGCGGGCACGCAGAGGGCCUUCCUGCGGGAAAGCCACGGCGCCGUCUAUUUUUUUAUUUUAAUAGGUUUGGUGCUUAUCUUCUAAUAAGGUUUAAAUACCACAAACUGUAGCACAAAUAAUAUAAUUUAUAAUUUACAAAUUGACUAAAAUUGGGGAUAGUAUGGUAUUUGAAAGAAUAAACGUGUUUCUGUUUAUGAAAAACAAAUCAUGCAAUGCGCAAAACUGCUAACCCGAGACCCCAACGAGUGCACAGCCCCGCCCAGGCGUGUAGUGGGGCCGCCGCCCGAGCAAAGUGCCAGCCCCUGCUGCCCCGCCCGGCUCCAUUUAUCCCUUCCCUGCAGGGCCCCGGCCAUGGGUGGCCAAGGCACUAGACCCCCCAGAGCAAUCCCUGCUCACGUAGGGCCCGAGCGGCCUUUGCUCCCACCAGUCCCUGCCCUUUCCUCCUGUGUUGGGUUUGCCGUGGCAUUUGGAAUAAUACUUGAAAUUUUGUUCUUUGUAAAAGAAAAAGUGUUUUUUAUCUUUUGUUAAAAUCGCAUUGUUUGUUUGCAAAGUGGUAACUUUUUUGCUUCUUCUCAGGAAAACGAUUUUCCACUGUUGACUUGCUCUUGACACAGACUGAGAAGCAGCGUCCGCGGAAGAGGCCCCUUCCUGCGCGCUAAUAAACACGCCGUGUCUGUUUCUC